GCCGAGCGGCCCGGCGGCAGCUGCGGGCGCCAGAAGGCGCGCGGCUGCGGGGAGAGCGCGGGCUGUGGGAUGGAGCCCCCGGAGAGCGCGGCCGAGCUUGCAGCCGAGGAGGUGGAGCUGCAGGAGCCCGAGCUGCAGUUCGCGGACCCGGCGUCCCCCGGCGAGGAACACGUGGACGUCGAGGCGGAGGGCGCCCCCGGCCGAGGCAGGUGCUGGCCGUGUGGAGGAGCCUGGGUGUGCGGCUCGGAAGCCAAGAAGAAAGCGCCCUGCCCCGGACUUGGCUUGUUUUACACAGUGUUGUCUGCCUUCCUUUUCUCAGUGGCCUCUUUAUUUGUUAAAAAAGUGCAAGGCGUCCACGCUGUAGAGAUCAGUGCGUUUCGAUGCGUGGUCCAAAUGCUAGUUAUCAUUCCUUGCUUAAUAUACAGAAAAACGGGGUUCAUAGGUCCCAAAGGUCAGCGACUUUUCCUCUUCCUCAGAGGGAUCUUUGGUUCCUGUGCCAUGAUCCUUAUGUACUAUGCUUUCCAGACAACGUCCCUCGCAGAUGCCACAGUCAUUGCGUUUAGCUGUCCAGUGUUUACGUCCAUAUUUGCUUGGAUAUUUCUCAAGGAGAAGUAUAGCCUUUGGGAUGCUUUCUUCACCUUGUUCGCGAUCGCUGGAGUGAUACUUAUCGUGAGGCCGCCAUUUAUAUUUGGUUCCGACACUUCAGGGAUGAGAGAAAGCUAUUCAGAGCACGUUAAGGGAACAGUGGCCGCGAUUGGACACGCUGUGCUAGCUGCGAUGACUCUGGUCAUUCUGAGGAAAAUGGGGAAAUCUGUGGACUACUUUCUGAGCAUUUGGUAUUAUGUCAUACUUGGCCUUCCCGAGACCAUCGUCAUCCUCUUUGCCAUAGGAGAGUGGAGUCUGCCCUACUGUGGGCUGGACAGGCUGUUUCUCAUACUCAUUGGACUCGUGGGUUUGGGGGGUCAGAUAUUUAUCACUAAAGCAGUUCAAAUAGAAAAGGCAGGACUGGUAGCGAUAAUGAAGACAAUGGACAUAGUCUUUGCUUUCAUCUUUCAGAUUGUUUUCUUUGAUAAUGUACCAACUUGGUGGACGAUGGGUGGGGCUCUCUGUGUAGUUGUCAGCACCACUGGAGCAACCAUUCGAAGAUGGCGGCAGGGUUCCAAAUGAAAUAUCACUGCUGAAAUCUGUUUUUUAUUUUUUUUUCAAGUAUGACAUUACCCAGCUCAGACAUCUUACGUACCUACACACAUACCUGGAGAAUCUGUAUUAUUCAUUGGUUAUAUUUAAUACAUUUUGUAAAGUACCAUUUUUAAACGUAGUAUGCUUUUAAUUAAGAGUGGCUAGCUAGGCUAGCCUAGCAGUUUUUGGAUAGCUUUUAUUUUUGCUUUGGUUCAUUGGUUGGGUUGCCAUUGAUGAGAAGGGAGCUCAUUUGAGGAAGUUCAAACAUUUUUAUGCGUACAAUUUUUAAAAGUUAUUUUUGACACAGGAUGUAGAUGGGAGAUACUCUAUUUUAGCAGUGUAGAUAAGAAGCUUAAUGUUGACAAUGCUGCUAUAAUUAGUGCUGUGCUAAUCCAUCGAUGGCAGUGUAAUCCAACUUAGGAUGCCAAAGCUGCACCUUGGUUCAGGUGCCUACUUUCUGGUAGGAGUAUAAGUGAACUGGCCUUAUUCUCAAGGAUCUUAGAGAUGAUUCUUACACUUUUAACUCAUGUGUGCCUUUUCGUUUUGAUGCUGGAAUUUUUAUGUCCUCUGAACAGAGCCUUCAGCUUGCAGUGGGUAGCAGCUCUCUCUUUCAGAAUAUUAGCAACUCUGACUAUCAUUGUUAAUUUCAAUUAUCUCCUGUUUUGUUUGAAAUUGCACUUUUUUUUUGACAUUCCAAGAUUUCCAAUCUUAAAAUCAUGAGAGCAAAAUCUUGGCGUGACCAGUGUAUACAUUCCCGCCCUGAGGUGAUUUCACUUCAGAUGCGGUGGCUUUUCUACAAAUUCUCUUUGAAUUCAUAGUGUGAUGCCAAAUACAACUUUCUCAGGAUUGUACUAGGCUGGGCCAUUAUCAGAUCGCCCAGAAUCUACCAUUUUUACUUACAAAACCAAUAGUUCUAGAAGGUUCAUCCUGCAAGCUCCCUUCACAUUAAACCAAAUAUUUAUACCUUUAUAGUACAUGUCCGUUCUUAAACUUACAGUCUUUUUCCAUUUUGGAAUGGUAUGUUAUAAUGCUUGUGGCAUAUGAGAAAUGUAAAGACCUAUUAAUCCACAGUUGAUUGGUUUUCCCAGUUUUUUGCAUAUAUAAAAAGAACACAGAUACAAGCUAGUCUUUGACACACAGUAGUAGUGUGAACUUAGAUGGUCGAUUGUAGCUGUGGAGCACCAGCAGGCCAGUACUCCUCUGUGGAAGAGGAAAGCUUAGUAGAUUGGGAGUAUAUGACCAUGAAGCUUUGGCGCUUUGGAUGCCUUUGUGGUGAGACCAAAGUGGCUGCCACCCCUCACUUUGUCAGACACUGUUGUUAUCAGCUGCAGAGUUGAAGAGCCAUUCUCUCUCACGCCCCUCACAGCUCUUCUGAGGGAAGGGUCUGGUCUCCUGAGUCUUACCUUCAGCUCCAAAAGGAUCUUCUCCAGUAGUUCCUAAGAGGAACUUUUAGUGUGGUGGUUUUUUAAAUCAUAUUUGCCACCUGACAUCUUACAUAUUUACUUAGCUGAGUCACCUCUGUUGCAUUGACCCCACAUAGAUUUGUCAAUGGUGCCAUUCUACCAGCUUCCUAGAAAAUAGAGCCAACAGACUCUUAGAACUCGAACUCGGAGGGGUCUUAGAGAUCAUCCUGGGGGAUGACAGGAGGAAGGUCUGCACUAGCUGGUUUCCAUAGCAGCCUCCUUAUUUAGUUCCACUCCUGGAGCUACCACCAAACUUGCACAAUAGAAGAAUGUCUGGGAUAGUGGAAGAUAACUCCUUUGGAAAUACAUUGUAUUUCAACUGUGUCUUAAGUACUUGAAUGUCAGAAUAUGUGGCUGACAUUGAAGACAAUAUUUCUUAUACCAACCUUUACAGGGUAUGAUUUUUAAACAAUGUUCAAGUGGUAUACAAGGCUAUGUAUUGUAACAAUUAUGGGGGGUUAUGUAUUUUCCAAAGAUUGUAGUUUCUAUAUCUUGCAAAGGGAAAUUUUUUUCCUAACGUGUUUUUAUUUUGUAAGUAAUAAAAUCAUAAAAGAAA